CAUUGAUUGAUUAUUUUAUACUGUUUUAAUAAUUAUAGAAACCCUAAGCUUUUAUUUUGAAAUCUGCAGGUGGGUUUAUUUGGGUAGCAACCAGAAGCAUCCGCAACAAGACGCACAACUUUAACAUGGCGCUCAGUGCUCAGAUGGGGAAGUGCUCGCUGGACAGUACCUCAUUAAUCAGUAGUGAUCCGGAGAAACGUUCCCUGAAAACACACACCGAGGCUAAUGCCGUUAUUAUACAGAGACUAGAAAAGGAAAAUGCCAAGCUGAAAACGCAGUAUGAAGAACUGAGGUGUCAGUACGUGCAGCUCCUAGAGGAGGCCAAGGAGGAGAUGUUUGAUGAGAGGAGAGUCAAUCUGCUCAAGGCUCAGGUCAUGCAGCUGGAACGACAGGUGAUUUUGCUGUCUGAGGGCUUGAGCUCACAGGUCUGCCGCAGUCAGGAUGUGGAGAAAGCCCUUGAUCCUUUAACACAGAGAUUAAGAUCGCUGAUGCGCCCCGAGAAUCCUGCUGCUGAUGUGUUGAUCACUCGGACAGAGCUUUCGCAGCUUUUGGAAAGGUGUGAGGAUGUGAGACAGAAGCUGCACAGAAAUAAUAAGGUCACUUUCCCAGAUGAUUUUGCCAAGCCUUGGAUACUAAGUGGGUCGAAACUCAGCAAGCAGCCCAUCACUCUGCUGGAUCUCUGUUACGGCAAGACCAAUAACCUAAAUCUUCAGCAAGUGAGCGCCCUGGAGUCCAAGCUCAGCCAGCUGUUCAAACACCUGCACGGAAUGAGACAGACCCUCAGCCUCAUCCUGGCUCCUCAACAAGACCCUGACAAUCCCGCAGUACACACGGCUCCUACAGCCGUCUACGCUCGGCUGCUGAACCAGUCGCACCACUGCUGCACAAUCCUGGAUCGUUGUUGCCUCGACCUCCUGACCCUGUCUCUCAUCGUGCCCUCGGCACCCUGGGCCAACCCAGAGCAGUGGGUAAUUCGGGAGCUGGAGGUGGAGAAUAUCCUGGCAGCGCUGCCAGCUUUUCCCCGAGGAGCACCCCUCCAGCGGGCGAGGCGCGCCGCCCAGGCCCUGAGCCGAGCCGCCAAUUACUCAGUACUGAUGGCCCAACAGCAGGUGGAAGCUCUUCAGGCUGAGUUGGACUUCCACAGAAGCUUGUACAGCCUGCAGGUCCGGACCAUAGAGGAGCUUGUCCAGGGAAUCCGACAGGCUUAUCGAGCAUUCCAGGAGAACAUCUCUCAGAGUCUGUGUGUUCCACUGCAAGAUGUCCUUUCAUGUUAUGAGGAUCUGAGGAGCACAGCGUCAGAGGCUGCACUUCACCGCUUCCUGUCAGCUUUUAAGAGCAACUUGGCACAGAUACGAGAGGCGGUGGAUGCCUUCGGCCCUUCAAAGAGUGAAGGAGAUGAAGUUCUGGCACAGUAUGGUCACGAUUUCCUGCACACUGUGGAAAAGCUCCUGAAAGAGUGCACAGAGAAGAGAGAGAAAUCAGCAAGUCAGCUGCACUCCCUUCAGCAAGAGCAGCAUCAGGCCGUUCAGACCCUGCACGUCCUGCAAGCCCAGAGGAAGGAAGUGAGCAAAGAGAAGGCCCAGCUCCAAGCAGCACGUCCUGGGAAUGCUCAGACUCCUGAGACUGAGAGUUCUGCUGCUCGUUCUGGAAGUUCGGGAAAAUCCACAGCUGCACCUAAAGAUCCAUCCGUGGAAGCCGAGCAGAGAAAUCGAACAAUCCGAAGAGCUCUGUCAGUCCAUGUCACCAGAAACAGCUCGUCUCAAGAGAGGGGGGUCAACCAGAGGCCAGGCAGAGAGGAAGAUAGGCUGCAGAGGAGGAGUUCUUUCAGGAGCAAGAGCAGGAAGACAGCGGACAGACCUGAGUGGCAGACCUAAACAUGUUGAGAGAAAGUCCAACCUCUCUGUUUUCAUACUACCCGCCUGUCCUGUGAGAGAGUGAGCGCUUGAAAAGUGAGGUGGUUA